AAGAAGCCAUCAACGCUGUGAACGCGAUCCUUUAAUCCGGCAGUAUUUAGGACCCAGCGGUUUCUAUCCGUAAUAUCCAGGCAGCUCAAGGCUAACGACCAUCGGAAUGAAAAUGCCGUCGUCUUUAUUCAACAUUACGCUGGUUUCAUUUAUACUGGUUUUUAUUGCAUCACAUUUCGGGGAUGUCUUAGCUGAUGGCAAUGGACGAGGAUUUGGGGACCACAUUCACUGGCGGAGCCUUGAAGAUGGGAGGAAGGAGGCUGAAGCAAGUGGACUCCCUCUGAUGGUCAUUAUUCACAAGACUUGGUGUGGCGCCUGUAAAGCACUAAAGCCCAAGUUUGCUGAAUCGAAGGACAUCUCUGAGUUGGCUCACAACUUUGUCAUGAUUAACUUGGAGGAUGAAGAGGAGCCUAAAGAUGAGGCCUUCAGCCCAGAUGGUGGUUACAUCCCUAGAAUACUUUUUCUCGAUCCCACUGGUAAAGUCCACUCUGAGAUCACAAACAAGAAUGGAAACCCUAACUACAAGUACUUCUACAGCAAUGCAGAUCAAGUUGUGGCUAGCAUGAAGGAAGCUCAAGAGAAGCUGACUGGAGAUGCCUUCAGGACUGCUCACGUUGGUGACGAACUCUAAGAAGGGCAGAAGUGGCAUGGAAAGAUCUCAGCCAGAACACUACAUCACUCUGCUAGGCACACUAGAUCCAUCCAUCCAUCCAUCCAUCCAUCCAUCCAUCCCCAACCUCAGCUCCUCCUGUGAUUUCAUUUGAUCUACUAUAGCACAAGACAAGCUUCAGAAAUGAAGGAAUUUAUAAUGCAUCUACUGAUUAUAUUUCAAGGUAUCGCAGUUUGCGGUAGAUUGGCUUAUUACUUUGAGAACCAAAGCAUACUUACUGUCCAUGUCACAUACAGGGUGCUAAAAGUUUUUUUUUUUUCGUCUUGCGUUUCAGAAAUUCAAAGCUUACAUGUCCAUAUUGAUUAUUCAUGUUGACGAUCAACCCUCUUGACUGCAUUUUCAAGGCACUCCACAUUUUGUCCGACUAAGAAACAUUUAGCACACCACUAAGGCAAUUCUUGUGCUUCCAAGCCAUAUCUUGCAAGCUGCGGUAAAACUGAUUCAGUUACCCAGUCACAUAUAUGAAGGGCCUUAUAAUCCCCAAACUGUACCCCCCCUAAAAACUAACAUAUGAUUUGUUUUCAUGAGUGUAAGAGAUCUUUUAUGUUAAGGCUAUUAUAAAUGUGAACAAUGUCUCUUAAACUUGCCAAGUUUUAGUCCUCAAUAUAUGGAGAUGCCUUUGGUUUUAAAGGAGAGAUUUUUACUAUUGACAAUACUUGUGAUUUAAGGCCUGUAAUGUAAACUGGCUUUUUUUUUUUUUUGGGAUUGAGAGGGAAUUCUUUCUUCGCCAUACUGUAUUUUUUACCAAUAUGUAAAAUGAGGCUACAAAUAAAGUUGAUAUAAAAUAUUGUAA